AUGACUGUCAUCACUCCGUCCAAGACGAGGACAAGUAUCGAUACAUUAAUGGAUCGACUGGGUGUGCUCGACAUAAACGAUGAUCCAGUCUCCCAAAAGCCAAAACCUCCCCGCAAACGGCGGACAAAUCAAAGUAGGCCCAGUGAAAAGCGUCGGCCGAAGAAAAAGUCCAUAUUCUGCUGCUUCCAGAUCAUGGAAGACAGCGGCGAGGAUGACAGGCCGGCCCCAGUUCAACGGCCUAAACCCCCUCGCCCUACACCUUCUCCAAAUCCGAACCAAAAGAUCAAUCUGCCUUCUUCAGCCGGAAGACCACAGCAUGCGCAAGUGCCGCACACUCCUCAAACAUCCCGGCCAACUUUGUCAGGCACAGGGAAGCAUUCUACCUCUCAAACACAGGCCUUAUUGUCGUGGAUUCCAUCCACACUUUCCCCGCAGACAACAUCCAUCCUUAUGACAGAACUGGCCAAACCAAUCUCCAGCGCCGACGACGAAGGCUAUAUCUAUAUGUUCUGGGUGACGCCCCCAACAGCUACGACAAACCGGAGCGCCGAAUCCGCAAUACCUCGAGACAUAGCAUCUUCUCUACUACCCAACACCCAAAAAGUAGCAACAACCUCCGCCCACCCACCCAGCCACGCAGCGUCAGCGAAGCAAUUCGCGCAGCACAAGAUCUCAAUGCGCUCACUUCCAACCCAACAUCAACCAAACCCGGAACGCUCAGGCUGA